AUGGCGGUCAGAGAUAAACCAAUGGAGAUACUUUGCAAAAUGUCAUGUGAUCUUAAAAUGGGUAUUAGCAUAGAAAGAACAGUGUUUAAUCUUGCUUUUACUUCUAACUUUGAUGUACUUCAGCUUUUUAAGCAGAUAAAGAAAGAUGCUUUUGAUUUUCUUAUCCCUAAGAUAACCACCAUUAUCUCCAUCACCUACAUUCCACAUUAUUUAUUGAUUACAGAAGCAGAGUUUGAUGGAGAGACUGUUUUAUGUAGGGUUUGUGGAGACAAAGCCAGUGGCUUUCAUUAUGGAGUUCAUGCCUGUGAAGGCUGCAAAGGAUUUUUCCGAAGGAGCAUACAACAAAAGAUAAGUUAUCGCCCAUGUUUAAAAAACAAAAUGUGCAAUGUUAUGAGAGCCAAUCGCAACCGGUGCCAGUACUGCAGAUUUAAGAAGUGCAUAGCUGUUGGGAUGUCCAGAGAUGCUGUCCGAUUUGGUCGGGUUCCAAAAAGUGAAAAAGCUCGCAUUAUGAAACAGAUGCAGAUGGUGAAUUCACAAGGUCCAUCAUCAGAGUUUGAAAGUUUAUUACAGAAUAGUGAUGAAAUAAUUCAGUCAGUUUUGAAAGCACACCAAAAAACAAAUGAAUAUUGCCGUGAACGGUUGUAUAGAAUGCGCAAAACUGCUGAAGAAAACAAUAACUAUGAUUGUGGCAAUCCAGAACAAACAGCAUGCCCUGUUGAUCCAAACUCUUUUCUGCGGUUAAAUAAUGACAACCAGUCAUUCAAAAACAUGUCUGACAAUUGUGCCCCUGUGGUAACAGCCAUCACAGACUUUGCACAGUUUAUACCUGCAUUUUCACUCCUUUGCAAAGAUGACAAAAUAACACUGCUAAAGGCUGGCACAUUUGAAGUGCUGCUAGUAAGACUUGCUUCUCUCUUUGAAAGUGAGACAAAUACGAUUUUGUUUACAUCUGGAAAAUUAUACAAGAGAAAUAAAAGUCAUAUGAACGGCUGUGGUACACGUGGUUUUCUCUUGGAUUCCAUGUUUGAUUUUGCUAACCAUUUUAAUAAGCUUAACUUGAGUGAAAAUGAAUUGGCCUUGUUCUCUGCUGUUGUGCUUUUUUCACAUGACCGUCCAGGCUUGAGAAAUGAAGAACAAAUUAAAAAGAUUCAAGAUAUUUUGCUGAAAUCCCUCGAAACCCUUGUCAAGCACAACCACUCUGAUGAUCCCACGUUUUUUAGUCAACUGAUGAUGAAAACAACAGAUUUGAGAACUAUAAAUACAUUACACUCUGAAAAAUUAGUCAUAUCUGAAGAAAAGUCAAACAGUUGUGACAUGCAAGAACAUACAUUUAGUUCUGAACAACAACAUAUGGAGGUUGAUGAUGUCCGGCCGGAAUGCGGCCAAAUGAACUGUGGUACUGAUUCAUUGUGCACGCCAAAUCCCUUGGAUAGUUGUCCAAUGAGGGCUAAUGUUGAACCCAAUUUAUUAACUGCACAGAAACAGCCUUUAAAAAAUAGCAACCAAUUAUCACAAGUUUUUCUGCAGACACCGUAUGGUCUGUUUCUUCGUGAUGAGUCCCGGUAUAAUUUUAUUUCUGACCAACCACGACAGAGAUGCCAUACACUGGAUCGUGACACGGUGCCACGCUCAAAAUUGCAUCGUGUCGAUGAUAGUGUGGUGAGUCGGAGAAGGACCUAUACUCUUGACCGUGAAAAUCUAAUUAAAGUGGUGAGCAAACUUAGUGACAGACUUGAGAAGCGUGCUGCUAUCCAUGGUGACAGUAAACCCCCUUCUAUAUCAAAUAGUGCAGCCAGCAGUCCCAUUCCAGAGGAACACCAACAGUAUCUGAAUAACAGAGACUUUGUAUCCAUUGCUACUGUCGACUCAAACACAAGCAGCUCUCGUGGAAGUCCUAUGCCAGAUCGAGAUUUACACUUCCAAUAUAGCUCUUCACCGAGUUCACCACACUCACGGCCACGAUCAGAUUCUGCAGGCACUGAUGAUUUGGCACCACGAAUUGACCAUGUCUCACGACCUCGUUGCUUUAGCUUUCAUGAUGGUCGGGCAUCACGACCUACCAAUAUACAACACCUCCAGGAGCUAGAUCGUAUUUCCAUUGAUAGCUCACAGAAUCUUUUGGUCCCUGACAUGAGACGACGAAGUGUUGGAGCUUCCUAUGGGCUUCAUGCAUGGAAGAAGUCCUUGCUGGUGGACAUUCAUCCGUCAGACUUGUCAAGGACAACUGAUCAGUUGCUGAAAACAGAAGAUACAUGUCACUCUGGAGCAGAUGUUACCAAAUCACAGAGAUAUCUACGAUCAGAGCUAGAACAAUUUGCAUAUUUUGAUCGGCGAUCAUCCCCUCAUGCUUAUAUUCCAAAACCCGAUUUCCAGAUUACAGAAGCUGCUAGUCAUCAGCCUGAAUCACUCAGUGGAAUGAGUACAAAAGUUCAGAAGCCAGUAGCAGAUUACCAAUUGACAAAAUCUGGCUCACCUGAAGGUUGUCGGCAAUCAUUAUCAUCUUUGUCAACCACCAGCAGUGUUCCAAAUAGCAACAACAGCAACAAUAACAGCAUUAGUAAUAGCAAUCUCAAUACGUCCCCUUUGUCAACUAGUACAAAAACCACAGACUGCCCUGAACAGGAAAUAUUUCAUAAAAAGUUUGACAAAUUCCGGAAACAUCCACCACAUUCCACAAUCAAAAACAAUAAUCCAAACAAUACCUUGAGCAAUGCAAGCAACUGCAAUAACAACAAUAAUAUCAGCAGCAGCAAUAGCAAUGGCAGCAUCAGCAUCAGCAGUGUUAGUAACCAUACUAACAGCAAUGCAAGCAAUAAUAUAAGAGAAACAGGCAGCAAUUCUAACAGUAUUGCACCUAAUUUGAUUAACAGUUACAAUCAAUCAAUCUCACCUAAUAGGCUUAGUCCUAACACAGUUCAACAGCAACCACCACCGCCACCGCCACCGCCGCCACCACCACCACCUCCACCACAACAGCAACUACAUCAACCACAUCAUCAUCCUCAACAGCAUCAGCAGCAACAGAAGCAGCAGAUGUCACCUCAUCAUCACCAAAACUCUCAACAGCAGCAGCAGCAGCAGCAGCAACAGCAACAACAAUCACAAUUGCUUCCUCAAAAACUGAAACAGAAUGAUCAACGCAACUCUGGCUAUUUAACAACAGACUGUAAUGAAAUUAAGAAAGAGAACCUUACACCAACUCCCUCAUAUAAUAACUCUGGCAGCAAGUCUAAACUUUCAGCAGGUGAAGCUCAUCCACAGCUGCUUGCUCAUCUGCAAGCACCUAACCCCACUAGCCAAACCUCGUCCAGAUUUGUGUUGUUUCAUCCUUUCCAAAUAUCUUCAGGCAGCAUUCCUGUAAAUAUGCAUGCAUCUGCUAGUAUUGCUCCUUCUUCAGGCAACAGCAUGUGCAACCAGACAUUGAAUAGUUUGCAUAGUGAACCAACUACAACUUCUGUUUUACCCAACCAUUGCAUCUCCAGCUAUCGUUCUAAUCUUUCUACUUUACCCAAUGGCAACUUGUACUCGCAGAGUGGUCAACAAAAUAUUCAUAUUGCAAUGUCUCCUGAAGAACAGAAACGAAUGGCUAGUGAAAAUUCAUCCAACCGUUACCAAGUUCAUGCAGCAGCUGUAUCAAACUUGAAGGACAAAAUAUUAAAGCGAAUGGAUAGCUAUGAAAAUUUGAAUAAAGAGUGCAGUAUAAAUGGUGACAUACCUUUGUCGACUAAUGCAACAAGGUGUGGAAGUGUUAUAGUAUUAGGCAACCCAAGUGCAAAUGAUGGAAAAAUCUCCUAUUCCAGCAACAUGACUAAUAAUGCACCUGUUAUAGUCUCCAACCAAGUGCUGUCUUCAGUCUCUGAUGACAGUUGUAGUGUUUCAGGGAGUGGUAGUGGUGGUGGUAGUAACAAGCCACAACAUUCACCACCACAACAACAUCAUUCUCCUGCUUCACCUACCAAUAUGAGCUACUCAGGAAUGUUAACGCAAUCCCGAUAUCACCAACCAUUCCUCCACUCCUAUACACCAAUGGCUCCAGUUGCUGGUCACAUGCUCACCGGAUACAAUCAACAGAUCGCACCUUUACAGCAAAUCUCCACAGUCAACAGGACCUCUGUUAUUACUUCAAGUAUUCCAAAGGAACCAAAACAUAUUGAUGCCCCAUUGAACUUAACUGUCAAGCUGGAGAAACAGAAUAGUCCACCAACAGGGCUCUUAACUUGUCCACCUAUUGGACUUCAGCAGAAGGAGACAGCAUAAUAUAUUUACCAUUGGACAUCUGCUUACAUCUCUCAUAAAAUCAAAUGUUACUUCAAGAAACUUGUGGUUAGAAGAACAUGGAAUGGGAACUUUUUUGUUUCCUCACUUCAGUCAAUACAAUAGAGAAAAGUUUUCAUGACUGAAUGUGACAGUACUGGCAUAUUUAUUGGCAUGUGCAUCUGUUUUUGCAUAUAUUACAUAUAUAAAUUCAUCUCUCCCUUCCUCUCUCUCUCUCUCUCUUUCUCUCUCUCUCUCUCUCUUUCUCUCUCUCUCUAUCUCUCUCUCUCUAUCUAUAUGUGUACAUAUAUAGAUAUAUACAUA